GACGCAGCACUGGGGAACGGUGGCGGUUGCUGCUGAAUAAAGUUGAUCCGUGCUUUUCGAAACCAUUUGGGACGUCCCUAACCUUAACCCCCUCUACCUAACCAUUUAACCAUCAAAUUCAAUGGGAGGCACGUCCCAAAGAUAUCGGAUAGCAUGGACAGAAGAAGUUUCCAGUGGGCUGGACUAUUCACUCCGGAGGGGCGGCAGAUUGCGAACUUUCAGGAAGGAAACUAGUAGCUCCCGGUCACAGCCCUGCCUCCUGACUAGUGGAAUGGAAUGCACCCGGAACUCACUUCCUCUUGAAGACGAGUGUUGAAUUAAGAAAAGUAGUUGCACCUGUUCUCAUGAAACGUUCAUGGUUUGGAGAGAUGGCAACUUGACAAGCACAAGAAUAACAGUAGCGAACUGACCCGCGUGUUGUAAUGUCGUCCCAGGCUGAGAACGUGGCGGAACUUUUAGAAAUAGACAUAUGUGACGGCGACAUCUGCUCGGAGGGGGAGAGCGGAGUGUUCAUCAACUCAGGUACAGGUGCGUCACUCUUAGACGGCUUCUCGGCGUUUCAGCAGUGGACCGGACCUAGAUCUCGUUCCUCUUCAGGCCACAACAACACAGACUCUGUCACAAAGAGACCGAGAGAAACAUCAUCCCCGAGUCUGUAUCCCCAGAACGGCCUGGGGUCUGGAGCCGGUGAUCGUGUGACCCUUGGCGAGCUCCAGGGUCAGGAUCUCCGAGCCCCCCGCUCCUCCAUAGUGGACUGUCUGUUGGUGGAGCUCUAUGACACUUACAGCAGCGCUCGGCUCAGUGUUGACAGCCCGGAUAGCAGUACCGAGGCGUCCAGCUCUGAGCUGUUCUGCCGCAGUAAUACUGGAUCCAGCUUCCUCCAGGAACUACAGGAGAAACACACCAGGAGACACCAGGUCAACUACCUGUCUCAGAAAGGAGUGGACACCAGGUUAAAGUUCACCAUCGAACCUUCUCUGGGCAAGAACGGCUUCCAACAGUGGUAUGAUGCUCUGAAGGCUGUGGUCAGACUUCCUACAGGCAUCCCUAAAGAGUGGAGGAAGAGGGUAUGGCUGACUCUAGCUGAUCAGUACCUCCACAGUAUCUCUAUCGACUGGGACAAAACUCUGCGCUUCGCUUUCAACGAACGCAGUAACCCUGACGAUGACUCACUGGGCAUCCAGAUUGUUAAGGACCUACACAGGACAGGUUGUAGUUCAUACUCCGGCCAGGAGGGGGAGCAGGACCGGGUGGUGCUGAAGAGGGUGCUCCUGGCGUACGCUCGCUGGAAUAAGGCUGUAGGAUACUGUCAGGGCUUCAACGUACUGGCGGCGCUCAUACUGGAGGUUACAGAGGGCAACGAGAGCCACGCACUAAAGGUGAUGAUCUACCUGAUAGACAAGGUGCUACCAGAGAGCUAUUUUGCCAACAACCUGCGUUCUCUGUCAGUGGACAUGGCUGUGUUUAGAGAUCUCCUGAGGAUGAAGCUGCCUCAUCUCUCACAGCACCUACACCUCCUGCAGAAGACUGCUGAUAGAGUGGCUGGAGGCAGCUACGAGCCUCCCCUGACCAACGUGUUCACGAUGCAGUGGUUUCUGACCAUGUUUGCUACGUGCCUGCCCCCCAACACCGUGCUGAAGAUCUGGGACUCUGUGUUCUUCGAAGGUUCUGAGGUUCUGCUGAGGGUGGCUCUGGCCAUCUGGUCUCACCUGGGGGAGCAUAUAGAGUACUGUCAGACAGCAGACGAGUUCUACAGCACCAUGGGAUGGAUCACUCAGGAGAUGUUGGAGAACAGCCUCAUAGACUGUAGCCACCUCAUGCAGACGGUGUACUCUAUGGCUGUGUUUCCAUUCCCUCAGCUGGCUGAACUCCGAGAGAAAUACACCUACAACAUCACCCCCUUCCCCACCUCCACCCCCAACGGCAGGUUGGUCAAUGUUCCUACAGGUGAUGAAGACGAGGAUGAAGAUGAAGAUGCAGUGGUGACAGCAGCGUUGGGAUGUUUGGGUCCACUGGGGGGGCUGUUAGCUCCAGAACUACAGCGGUACCAGAGACACAUUAAAGACCAGCGUGGGGGGGAGCAGGGCGGUAACAUGGCAGACCUGAGCCCCGGGGUGAAUGGUGACGGCAGAGCAGAGCAUCAAGCGGCCAUCAACAGCAUGCUGCAGGAGAGGAUGAGUACUGACAUCAGCGCUCUGAAGAAACAGUACUCACGUAUCAAGAGACAUCAGCAACAACAGGCCACGCAGCUGUACAUACACACAGAUAGAUGUCCAGCCACCAGCGUGUUAGCAUCUCAGCUACAUCCUUCUCCUGUCGUCAACCACCUGUUGCUAGGCAGGAAGCCCAGGAACAGCCUGAAACACUCUCCCUCCAGCCUGCGAGGUGUCCCCCUGCCUCAGGCACAGUCCAGCCCUGCCACCCCUGGCCCCGCCCCUAACCCCACCCCUAGCGGGGAGAGGGGGAGGAACAGACUGGUAUCUCAUGCUGAAGACUGUCAGAGCAGGGUGGGGUCCCCCUGGCGUGCCCACGUACGUGCCCACCGCAGGAACAUAGCCCGGGCACGGGUACAGCUAGGGUUUGGAGACAUGGAGGACAGACACCCUCAUCAGACGGAGGAGGACAGACACCCUCAUCAGACGGAGGAGGACAGACACCCUCAUCAGACGGAGGAGGACAGACACCCUCAUCAGACGGAGGAGGACAGACACCCUCACCAGACGGAGGAGGACAGACACCCUCACCAGACGGAGGAGGACAGACACCCUCACCAGACGGAGGAGGACAGACACCCUCACCAGACGGAGGAGGACAGACACCCUCACCAGACGGAGGAGGACAGACACCCUCACCAGACGGAGGAGGACAGACACCCUCACCAGACGGAGGAGGACAGACACCCUCAUCAGACGGAGGAGGACAGACACCCUCAUCAGACGGAGGAGGACAGACACCCUCAUCAGACGGAGGAGGACAGACGCCCUCAUCAGACGGAGGAGGACAGACGCCCUCAUCAGACGGAGGAGGACAGACGCCCUCAUCAGACGGAGGAGGACAGACGCCCUCAUCAGACGGAGGAGGACAGACGCCCUCAUCAGACGGAGGAGGACAGACGCCCUCACCAGACGGAGGAGGACAGACACCCUCACCAGACGGAGGAGGACAGACACCCUCAUCAGACGGAGGAGGACAGACGCCCUCACCAGACGGAGGAGGACAGACACCCUCAUCAGACGGAGGAGGACAGACGCCCUCACCAGACGGAGGAGGACAGACGCCCUCACCAGACGGAGGAGGACAGACGCCCUCACCAGACGGAGGAGGACAGACGCCCUCACCAGACGGAGGAGGACAGACGCCCUCACCAGACGGAGGAGGACAGACGCCCUCACCAGACGGAGGAGGACAGACGCCCUCACCAGACGGAGGAGGACAGACACCCUCACCAGACGGAGGAGGACAGACGCCCUCACCAGACGGAGGAGGACAGACGCCCUCACCAGACGGAGGAGGACAGACGCCCUCACCAGACGGAGGAGGACAGACACCCUCACCAGACGGAGGAGGACAGACACCCUCACCAGACGGAGGAGGACAGACACCCUCACCAGAUGGAGGAGAGAGAUGGAGUGGGUGAGGGAAAGGCUGAUGAUGAUGAGGGUAGUCACCUCCCUGUGUCUCCUGCCCAGGCCUCCAGUAAGGAGGUGCCAGCUGUGGUGGAAGAGGAGGAGCACCUGUUGUCUCUAGAGCUGGACUCUGGAUCAGAACUAAACCAGACCCCACCUCUACUACCCUGCUCUCCUAGAGAGACUGACCCAGACACACUACCCUCCUCUCCUAGAGAGACUGACCCAGACACACUACCCUCCUCUCCUAGAGAGACUGACCCAGACACACUACCCUCCUCUCCUAGAGAGACUGACCCAGACACACUACCCUCCUCUCCUAGAGAGACUGACCCAGACACACUACCCUCCUCUCCUAGAGAGACUGACCCAGACACACUACCCUCCUCUCCUAGAGAGACUGACCCAGACACACUACCCUGCUCUCCUACAGAGACUGACCCAGACACACUACCCUCCUCUCCUAGAGGGACUGACCCAGACACACUACCCUGCUCUCCUAGAGAGACUGACCCAGACACACUACCCUCCUCUCCUAGAGAGACUGACCCAGACACACUACCCUGCUCUCCUAGAGGGACUGACCCAGACACACUACCCUCCUCUCCCACCAUCCCAGAGCUACCUGUCCUGCCUCCUCUUCCUCGACCACCCUCAUCACACCACCACCACCAUCAACAGUCUGACCCUUCAAUCUCCUCUCAGAACAUCUACUGUAUGAGACUCUCUCCUGGUAGCCCUGUUACCCUCACUAACCCCCCUACUCCUUUUACCCUCUCUAACCCCCCUCCCCCUGUUACCCUCACUAACCCCCUUUUACCCUCUCUAACCCCCUCCCCUGUUACCCUCACUAACCCCCUCCCCUGUUACCCUCUCUAA